AUGCCUGCGCUCGAGCACCACAACGGCCAGUUCGUUGUGUCUGAUGUUAGCUGUUGUUCCGUGCUGAAGAUGGGCGCCAAUGCCGUUGAAGCCGUUGAAGCCGCCGAGGCCUUUGCCUCCAUUAAAACGUCUACAAGCACCACCGGCACAGGCACCAUCGCCAAGACCACCGGAGCGAGCAGGAUUGCCGCUGACAGGAUUCCCACUACGGGCACUGACAACAGCAGCAGGGCUGCCACUGCAACCUCAGCCGGAAUCACAACCAUCACCGCUGACACGCCAACCAGUGGCACUGGGGUUGACGCUGCCAAGGUCCAGGUUGAGGACCCUGCGCCUCCACCAAAGAAAUACGCACGUAUUCCUCCUCCCAUCGAGAUCGGCGGCAAGCUUCGCAACAGUACUGCCUUUUUGCUGUCACCCUCGCCUCCUCAGUCUGCCCUCCUCUCUCCUCCCUCGGGUACGCUGUUUUCGACACCCUCCACAUCCUCUCUUCAGUCGCCCUUCUCCUCUCUUUUCAACAACACGGUGUCUGCUCCAGAUACACGGGCCUCUUCGCCUUCCUCACGCACACUCACGAAGACUGCCAUCGGCUCUCACACUGACGACGACGGCACCAACAACAGCAGCAACAGCAGUAGCAGGACCAACAACGACGACACCGCCUCGACCUGCGUCCACGGAGCGUCCGAGUCGGUUUCAAACCCCACAUCGCCAACUUUGACGGUUUGGCCUGGCUACAACGGCAUCGGCGGCCACGACACCGACAGUGACAACCUCGCCAGCCAACUUAUUGGGCCUGUCCGCUGUCGCUCUUUGUCCGCCGGUCAUAGCAGCAUGACUAUGACGGCCACCGCUGCUACACGGAACGCAACUGCAAGCGACAACUGCGACCACAACCACGGCCACUUUCUCCGCGCCAGCUUCGACGGGACGGCUGCCGGGCGCAUGAACACUGCCCGGACGAGUACCAGCAGCCACGGCAACGGCAAUAGUAAGAGCAACAGCAGCAACAGCCGCUGGCGUCCGACCUCUGCAAAGAGUGCACGAAGCGCCGAACGGGUUCGUAGACGGUCGCCGAGCCCGCUGUUCAACCCGUUUGCCCGCGUUUCCCGCCACCGACACAACGACACCCGCGACAACAACAACAACGACAGCAUGCUUGCCAGCACAAGCAACGGGCGCCAGCCCACUUACAACCGGCGGGGCUCCUUGUCCUCCGGUGCUGCACCGCCGCCAUUGACUCGUGAAGAGUUUGAGGCUCUUCCCGUGGCCAUUCAACGAAAGAUCGAUCCGACGUAG